AUGCAGCAGGGCGACGACGCGGACCUGGAAGGCCCUGGCGACUGGGCCGAUCUGCUACAGCCGCGGAAGGCCGUGGAGGCUUCGGAGCCGCUCCGUGUGGGCUUCUCGAUCAUCGGCGAGCCGACACUGGUCCCGUCCACAGGUAUCGCAGUGGGCACAGAGCCUUCACUGGACGCUGCGGUGCAGUCAGAUGGCCCGCUCCUGGACGAGGAGGCGCUGAGCGUCCUCAGCGCUCGGGACGCGGCGCGGGUGACCGGCUUCCUGCGAGGCCUCCGCGACACACGCGCUGCCUUCGAUGCCACGACGGUGGAGGCGCUACUCAGGCUGCUGCGGUCCCUGCCGGCACCAGAUGGCCCCAGAGUUGUGCUGAACGCAAUCCGACAAGAUCAGCCGGUACUCUUCGACCGACUGCAUGAAAGCAUGAGGCGGACACAGCAACGCAUGGGCAGCGGGCCACAGCCGCCCGGCUACUGA